UGUAGUCGGUUGUUUGGGGAGGACGGAAUGUCUCUGAAGGUGUUUUUGAAGAGAACGGCGCCUUUCUCCAUCUUGUGGACGCUUACUAACUACCUGUACCUGUUAGCACUGAGAAAACUAACCGCUACAGACGUCUCAGCGCUCUACUGCUGCCACAAGGCCUUUGUCUUCCUCUUGUCGUGGAUUGUCCUCAAGGAUCGCUUCAUGGGUGUGCGGAUUGUGGCUGCCAUUAUGGCUAUCACAGGCAUUGUGAUGAUGGCUUAUGCUGAUGGUUUUCAUGGGGAUUCCUUUAUGGGUGUGGCCUUAGCAGUCGGCUCCGCCUCCACUUCUGCUCUCUACAAGGUGCUGUUUAAGAUGUUCCUCGGCAGUGCUAAUCUGGGCGAGGCUGCUCAUUUCUUCUCCACCAUGGGCUUUUUCAAUCUCAUCUUUAUCUCCUGCGUUCCCCUCAUCCUGUACUUAACCAGAGUGGAGCAUUGGGGUUCCCUCUCCUCUUUGCCCUGGGGUUACCUCUGUGGGGUGGCCGGCCUUUGGCUAGAAGACCAGACCCACCCCAAACUCUCCAUGGAGCCACAACCACCGAACCCCCCAUCACUGGAGGAUUUAAUCCAAGCCUUCCGUACACCCGUUGUGUCUGCCUCCCACAGUCCCAUGGCACGGCCCGCUAUCUUCUCCGGUGAGGCGGCGGAUUGUGGUGGCUUCUUGUUACAAUGUUCCCUAUACUUCGAGAUGCAAUCACAAGCCUUUCCCAAUGACCGCGCCAAGGUGGCCUUCAUGAUCUCUCAUCUCGCCGGCCGUGCUCUGCACUGGGCCCAGUCCAUGUGGGAGAGUAACAGUCAGGCCAUUCGCACUCUUAUCGACUUUCACCGCACACUUCAAGGAGGUGUUUAG